AGGAGAGAGAAGAUCCCAGUCAGGGAACACCCAGCCUUUUUCUUUUCUAGCAGCCCGACUCUGGUCUCAGACUUCAGCCUUUCACUUUGUCCCCUCUUGCGUUCUCGGGUAUCACUCCCAAGCACCUAGAAAUCUGCCGCCCAUGCCCUAUUCCCCAGGGACCCUGGAAUCGUGUUUGCUCUCUUUCAGGGCAUUUCCCUUUCCGCUUCAAAAACUGAGAAUUCGGCCUCCAGCCCCUUCCUCCCUCAGGGACACAGAUUUUUUUAAUCCUUCACUCCUUCCUUCCAAAUCACCAACCGAGCAGACAGCCGGCACACGGGAGAGCGCAGUCAGCAGCCGAUCAGCCGAUGAGAAGCCCCGCCCCUGGGGUCUGAGAACGGAGGCCGAAGAGGCUAGAAAGCCGUGAUUUGGGGACGCCCAGACGCUUUCCGGGGGCUCUAAUCUGACGUCAUUCUUUUUAGGAGGGGGUGUGACUUGGAAGCGUGACCUCGGGGACAUGGCCCUUUACAGCGCCUGCGCAGAACGGCCGAAGGGCGCUCUCUGUACGGGGCCUUAAACAAUGAAGGAGUCACAGCGCGUGCGCGCCAGGAGCACCUACCACACUUGCGCAAAACGCUUAGGACUGUACGGCACGGGUGGCUUGCAACGUCAUCAUUACGCACCCCAGUGCAGAGAAGGACCCCUCCCGUUAUUUUUGAGGGCCGGGCUGGCGCUACUUCAUCACCGCCGGAUGGCAAUCCGGGAUCUCCGCUUCAAAAGUCUCAUCAGGCGGAAGGCCUUGGAAACCACCUGAGACUCGGUGGGCCCCACCUCGCUUCCCUUCGGGUGACGGCGCUGAGACGAGCGACUGACAGGCGCAACGAAAGGCAGUCCCCUGCUGUCCGGAGAAAAGCGGAGGCCUGAGCCACCCGCCUUGGCAGGGAGCCGAGGGCAAUGCCUGGGGCAGCGGGAUACACCGGCUGAAACCGCGCGUGGGAAGCGGGAGCUUUGGGUGGUACAAGAGUUUCGGGAUGUCAAAGGAAGAUGUCUCCUGGGAAGAGGCAGGCUAAAGCGUGGGUACCACUACCUGCCUCAAGACACGUGGGAGAAAAGGGGAUGAGGCUGUGUCAAAGAUGAAGAGUCCCGCGCUCGGAGUUCAGGGAGUUUAAUGAAGGAAGCAUAGGUCAGAGGUCUCACGCAAAGGUGUCCCAGUCACCACGGAGGACCCGCACCCCAAAGAGACCAUGGAGCAGCAGGAUUCGUCCAAGGAAAGAAGUCUCCAAAGUCCAGGAGGCGGCAUCUGCCACCUGGGGGCCCUGCAGUGCACCCGCUGCCUCAUCACCUUCGCCGAUUCCAAGUUCCAGGAGCGUCACAUGAAGCGGGAGCACCCAGCGGACUUCGUGGCCCAGAAGCUGCAGGGGGUCCUCUUCAUCUGCUUCACCUGCGCCCGCUCUUUCCCCUCCUCCAAGGCCCUGAUCGCCCACCAGCGCAGCCACGGUCCAGCUGCCAGACCCUCCCAGUCAGCUGCACCCACCACCACCCAGCCCACCUUCCCCUGUCCUGACUGUGGCAAGACCUUUGGGCAGGCUGCUUCUCUGAGGCGGCACCGCCAGGUGCACGAGGCCCGUGCCUCCCCUGGCCCCUUCGCCUGCACUGAGUGUGGUCAGGACUUUACCCAGGAAGCAGGGCUGCAUCAACACUACAUCCGGCAUGCCCGGGGGGAGCUCUGAGUGUGGCUGAAGCCCUACUCAGGGCCGUAGGGACUGUGGCUGGUGGGACCCACCUCUGAUACGGGAUAGGAGCCUCAGGGAUUUGCUUCCCCCCCGGAAAGGCAAAGGGCUCCUGAUAAAUAGGACUCAGAAGAUGCUCAUUUAGAGCUUUAGUCUUUGGAGGACAAAAAGCCUUCAGGGAAACAGUAAAAUCAAACAAUAGUAAGACCUUUUGUUUAAAACAAAAUUAACAAGAAAGGGAAAACUGUUAUUCGUAUCUCCCUCAUUCCCAGUUAAAUAGUUUGAAAUUGCGACUAGCUGCAGAUUGUGUAAUCACCAUUAAUUUUUCCCAGAUGGAUGCAACGGGGCUUUAAGAGCAAACUGCCCUGGAUUUGUGCCUGAAAGGGGGCAGGGAGAGUGAGGUAUUGCUGGCCUGUAAUGCCAUGACUGGGUCCCAGACGCGGAGCAGCCUGGGCCUUUGGAGAUGGGGCAGCAAAAUCGGAAGCUGUACUCUGAAUUUGCGGGGGUUGCAAUUCGAUGGUCUCUUCCUGCUUCCUGCCAGGCUUUCCCACACAAGGAGGGGCCAUGGCAUUGGAUGGCUUUGCCUUCUUCAUUUAAAUAAUUUUAUGUACCAUUCUGGUCAUGGAAUAUUUUUUAUAUGUGUAGGUGAGAUGGCAUGAAUAAACAGAAAUAGUAUCUAAAAACAUAAAAGGUCCAUAUUAAAAUGUCUAAACAAGGAACUCUGGCUUUUGAGCAGGAAUUUCCAGAGAACAUAAGGGCGCAGGGAGUGGGGAGUUUAGGGCAGAGCUGGCCUGGCUCUGUGGGGAAACUGGUUUGGAGUCAAACAGAGACACCUUCUGCUUCCUGUUGUAUUUGGCCAACACUGGGAGAUAUCCCAUUAAGAUCCUAUUUUCAGCUCUUGAAAGGCCCAACCCUGGGCUGGGUUCCACUGGGCCAGUUUUACUCCCUCACAUUACCUGCCCGGCCCCUAGAGACAGCAGCCGAUGCCUUGCAUACAGCAAUCAUAGGCUCUGUUUGAACGGAGUAUUUUGAAAGGCCACAGGUGAGAUGGAUGUGGCAGAGACUGAGCUAUCUCCCAAUGUUUAGCCAGGCACAUGGUGGCUACAAAGACUACAUUUCCCAGAUUCCCUUGCAGCUACAUGUGGCCAUGUGACUGAGUUCUGACUAAAUUCCUAGGUAGAGUCUUCAAGCUUCAGAAAGGAACUUGCCUUCCCUUCACCUUCCUGCCUGGAAAGUGAACAUGGUAUCCAGCCAUCGUGAACUAUGAGAGCAACCACAGGAUGGCAGAGCAACAAGACAGCAGGAGGCUGGGUCAGCUAUCACUGCUGCCCCCUCACCAGUCUCUCUACAACGGACAACUCCCUGUGUGUAUGUAAAUCAGCUUACAUCAAUCAUUUAAAACCCUCCAAUGGCAUCCCAUAAAUAACAUCCAAAGAACUUACCUGGGCCCACAAAACCCAAUAGUGACUGGGUCCCAGCUCACUAUGAAAUCUCAGCUCCCUUUCUGUCAUCUUCACUACACUCCAGCCGCACGUGCCAGGCGGGCUUUUGCCUUUCCUGCUUACACAGAACUUUGCAAGGCUACCUCCUCGUUAUUCAGGUCUCAACACCUGCUACCUCAAGGAGGUCUUCCUUGGCUAAAACAGCACUACCAACCCUCACUCUGAUGUACUUUCUUCCUAGAAUUCUCCAACACCUGGAAUUACCACUCUUGUUUAUGUCAUCAUCUGUGUCCUUCCUUUGAAAUCCAAGCCCCUGAGAGCAAGUGUGGUGUCUUCCUCACUGCUUCCUCCCCAGAACCUGGGACAGUGCUUACUGUGGCGGCUCAAAAAA